AUCAACCGGAAGACAAAAAAAUAAAACAAGUGUGUGAAAGUUGUUUACUGUACAGGCUUUUUACUGUUCUAUACGUUGUUCAUGUAAAGAAAUGAGUCUAGGAUUUAGCCAUGACUGAUCCAAUUGAAAUAAGGCAGAAUGGAGUUCAGCCUGUUGACGAAAAAACAGUGAAAAAAGAAAAGAGUUACAACAUUUUUGAUGUGCAUGAUGUAGAUAUAAGAAAUGGAAAGACAGAUAUUAUCUUGCAGCUGAUUUGCGCAUGCCUAAAUUCAAAACAAAGAAGCCUUCACGAAUUUGAACUUCAAUUCAAUAUUGUUAAAUAUUCUGAACGGAUAACAUCGAAAGAGUUUGAUGACUUUUAUAAAAAGAUUGAGACCAAACUACUGGAAACCUUCCGUAAAAACUUUUGUGAUUUUAUAGAAAGGAAAGGUGAUUGUGACUCAAACCGGUUGAUAAUCAUUGUGAAGAAGUCCCCAGAGCUAUAUAGCCUUAAAAACUAUUUAUAUAUACCAACUGCAUCAAGUGUAUAUGAAUCACAAUAUGAAAAGACAGUUUGUAUCCUUAAACAGACAGGAGAUUCAGAGAAAUUACCAAAACCAGUUGAAAAAGGUAGUUAUAAAAUAUGUGAAAUCGUCACUAAUUUGCGGCAAGAAAAUGUUGAUGUACAGUUCAAGACCUUAAAUACAGAAAAGAAUAUUGCAAAAAAUAUGGCAGAUCAUUUCAAAUACAUUUCAGCGUUUGCUAAUAAAGAUGGUGGUUGUCUUUAUUUUGGUAUAGAGGACAAAGAUGGCAGGGUAGUAGGUGUUAAUUCAGAACAGAGAGAUACAAUAGAUAAAGUUUUGACAAACAGAAUUAAUUCUAUGAUAUUGGCUUCUGGCUAUGAAGAAGGAAGAAAAUUGGAACGUGGUGUUCAUUGGAAUAUUGAAUACUUCCACAUAGAGGCUGACAACACUCUAGGUGACUUGUUUGUAUCUAAGUGCAAUUCAAUUCAUUUGAAUUGUAAAUCUAAAGAGUUAUUAGAACGUAUUUCAAAUGAUGGCCGAGACUUGGGGACGUUCAAGCAAAGGAAAAAGCGAAGAGAUGAUGAACACGAAGAAGAAAAUAUUGGAUUUGUAUGGAUGUCAUCUGUUAUAAAAUGUUUCCGAUAUGAAGCAAGUAGUGAAUAUAAAGAUGAAUCUGUAAAGGAAGGAGAUAUAUUAACGUCUUCUGAAAAUGCAGGAGCUACAGAUGGACGUAUCAACUGUACAAAAACAAACGGCGACAAGUAAAAAAUGCCCUUUAAAAUGUUAUCUAAGAGUGACGGGGAAUGGUACAUAUAUACUUCUGGAAAACAUGCUACAAAUAAAAAUAAGUUUGAUAUGUCCUACGGAA